CUUCUGUCCAUCUACUCGCUCGCCGCCCCGCCUGCAGACAUCCCCGGCGAGAGCAGCCCGCUCGCGAUCUUGUUCUGCCCUUUCUCGCUGCCACAUCAUGGCCUCAAAGGCGAGUGCCCUGGCCCGAAUGGUCUGGGGGCGACCGCUGCUCCAUGCGCCCCGUCCUCCCGCCUUCCCUCGCGCUGUUCCUCCAGCCUUUCCUCAGCCUCGCCUGCUCCUGAGAGCCUUGGCGACCUCUGCCGCCGAACCCCUGGCUCCUGAACCGGCUGCCGAAACCACUACAAAGAGGGAGGAGCUCAAGGUCCUCGACAUCGAGACCCUGGCGCACUCGUCCGUCCCUCCCACGGUCCCCGAGAGCCCAGACGCCCCCACCACGGUCUCGGGCCGGGUGUGGUUCGAGAACGUCUUUCCCAUCAAGGUCUCGAUCUGGGACCCCCGAUACUUCUUUGUCCAGCAGUACGCCAACGACCUCCGUCUCCGCGCCAAGGCCCAGCUGCUGCCCCCCUUGGACCAGUUCCCUCAUGAGUUCAUCUACAAAAAGACCAUUCCCAACGUCAAGGAGGGCGGCUUGUAUCUGCUGUUUGACUACAAGGGUCAAGGCGCAAAGGUCGAAGAUGCCUACGAGGUCAUCAAGGCGCACGCAAGCAAGGUCGGCUACCGCACCUGGUACAACUGGACUCCCGUCAAAUCUUUCCGUGUCAAGGGUGAGCCCUUUAUGGAGGAUAUGGUCGGACACCUGCCCACCAGCACCUUGAAAGUCGAAUUCCUCGGAAACAAUCUCACCGCGGAAACCCUUUACCGCGAGUUCAGACCGUACGGAAAAAUCAACUCGAUCGAGCUCCAGCCCUCGACGGACAAGGAGCUUCCUCGAUAUGCCCUGGUCAACUUUGCACGAACCCGCUCGGCCACCAGCGCUCGCAACUGCAUCCAUGGAGAAGUCAUCGAUGGCACUCGUCUGCAGAUUAACUACGAAACGCCUCGAAGUCGUCGUGCCUUUUGGAGCUGGCUGACUGGCAACUAUCGUGUCUCGAUUCCCGUCAUUCUCGCCAGUGUCAUUGCUCUCUCCUACCUGAUUUUCGACCCCAUCCGGAUCUUCUGCAUCACCAACAAGCUCACCAACCGCUUCAACAUUCAAGGCUAUCUCAUCGAGGUUGCUGAGUGGUGGAAGGUCACCGGCAGCGCGCUGCUCUCGAAGCUGACCUUCCUGGGUUUUGUCAUGAAGUCCAAGCUGGCCGCGUCCGAGUCGGCAGAGUCAUGGAAAGAGCGCCAGGCCGAGGAGAAGCGACUCAAGAGCUUUUUGAAGGAGGAGCCCGACAACUUUAUCCUGCUCACUGGACCUCGUGGCAGCGGCAAAUCCGAGCUCGCCCUCAAGGUGGUCAAGGACGCCAAGCACAAGAUUGUAAUCAAGUGCGAGGACUUUAUGGGAAAGCCCGAACAUGUGCUGCUCAAUGAGCUUGCCAGCCAGAUGGGCUACUUCCCUGUCUUUGGUUUCAUGAGCACCAUCUCUUCUUUGAUCGACACCGUCAUGACCGCCGGCUUUGGAUCCAAGACAGGCAUCUCUGGCACCUCGAUCGAGUCCCAGGUCCGCAACAUCUUCGACACCGCCACCAUGGCCAUCACCGCCCUCACCCACCGGCAGCUCCAUCUGCACUCUCAGUCGAUGGAGCAGGAGCAGAAGCGCCGCGACUCUCUAUUGCUUGCCGAAGAAUCCAAGAAGAAUGAAACCGGCGAGAAGCCCGUCGACGUUCGCGAGCCCGAGUCUCGUCCCGAUGGAGUGUACAAGGCCCCCCACCACGAGAUGGAGUAUCCCGUCAUCGUCAUUGACGGGUUCUUGCACAAGGACCAGGCCAAGCAGCACUACGUGAGCGAGCUCAUCAUUGAGUGGGCCACCUUCUUGAUCGAGUAUCGCCUGGCGCAUGUUAUCUUUGUGACCAACAACGUCGAGGUCCAGAAGAAGCUCACCAAAGCCCUGCCCCAGCGCUCCCUCGAUGUCGUCCGUCUCGUCGAUGCCUCGAGCGAGAGCGCCAUGGCCUUUGUCAAGAAGCGCCUUGGCCUGAUUUUCACGCCCACAGACUUGCAGACCUGCGUCGAAUCGCUGGGCGGCCGCCUCAAGGACCUUGAGCUGUUCAUCCAAAAGAUCCACGCUGGCGCUACGCCAACUGCGGCCUUCAACGACAUUGUCAUGAAAUCUGUCGCUGAGGUCCGCCGAAUCGGCACUGGCGAGGAAGACGAAAACCGAUCGCUGCUGCCCUGGACCCCUGUGCAGUUCUGGAAGAUCGUCCAGGUUCUGAGCAAGGUCGAGGAGGCGCCGUUCGACGACCUGCGAUUCCAUCCUCUGUUCAAGGGAGAUGAUCGCGCGCUGCGCGGAAUGGAGCGUGCCGGCCUGAUUUCAAUCGGCCUGCAGAACGGACGGCCAUUCGUCCUCAAGCCCGGCAAGCCCGUCUACCGCAACGCUUUCAGCCACCUGCUCAACGACACCAAGUUUGCUGCCACGAUGGGCAUCCUGACCCACAAGGCCCUGCAGGCUGACGAAGAAGCCAAGAUCAACAAGUAUCUGGCCGAGAUGAACACCAUCACCAACAUCAUCACCGGCGGAGGAGCCAACCCCGAUGGCCGGGGCCUUGUGAGCCGAGAGGCCAAGGGCGAUCUGACCAAGCGACUCGAGUUCCUGGCGACGCUGGUGGCCGAGUCGCAGGCCAAGAUUGCCGAGUGGUACUUGGAGGAGCAGCGCUGCAAGAAGGUCGUCAAGCUGAAAGAGCAGUAAGGCACUCGCCCGACUCGAGUGAUCGCCGACUGACUCGACUGCCGACCCGAUGCAAUUGCCGACCGCUGUGGUCCGUUCUACUGCCGGCCCAGCCAAUCUCGCCUUUUGCUUUUUGUCAUGGCGGUAUGGGGCGCUGUCCCGCAUCCUCGAGCAGCACCCAGCGCCGCCUUUGACCUUUCGUUUGUCUUGCCCCGUGCAGACCAGACAGACCAGACCGCCCCUGGCAAUAAAAAUGAUUUCUCUGUGUGAA